AGAGGAGGAGAAGAAGAAAAGAAAAAAAAGGAGAAGAAAGAGAAAGGAGAAGAAGAAAAGGAAGAAGAAAACUUUGUAAAGUCCAAGUUUUCUUCUUCCUUUUCUCCUUCUCUGCAUUCAAGCUUUCUUGAGUUCAUUAAAAAGAGACGCUGAUUCGUGGGACGCGUUUUUCUGACCGAUCGAUCCAAUUCAUCCCGCACAAGCUCAGUUGGAGAAAGGUCUGAAGACUGAGGGGCCAAACCAUCUUUUGAAGAACACCUUCCUCUUCUCUUUUGUCUCGGUAACCCUGACAGAGCUCGGCAGAGUGCUUAGGGUCAUUGUCUUACUGCAAAAACAAACUUCUGAACCACAAGUCUGAGUCCAGAUGGAGCAGCAUGGUGCUGGAGGAUGGAGUGGUACUGUUCCUUCUUCAUGAUACCCUUUACUUCAAACAAAUCUCCUACUCCAUCACCUGAUAAACAUCUCCAUACCAUGAACUACCACCUCCAUGCUGAAUUGUGGGUGUAACACAUGGAGCUUUCAGACGUUCACCAGUUUGUCUGCAGACAUAGACUCUGAGUUUGGAACCAAACAGUUCAAACUUGUUUCUAUCAUCAUUAGUCCAGUUUUUGUGAGUUUUUACCCACUCAUGUCUCUUUUUCUUCUUCUGUGGAUGAAGUCGUGUUUUUUUGCAGAUACACAACCCUUCAGACCAGCCUUUCUCAAACGUCACGGUUGUCAGAGAUAUGGGUUUCCACCUUGUCAUGUUGAUUUCCUCCCUUAUUUGUGGUGCUGUCUUUCUCCGAUCUCUCUUCCUGGUGACGAUGCUCUGUUUAUCCUCUGCUUUUGUAGUCACUCUCUUUGGUCUUUUUCAAUCAUCAGAACUUCCAGGUUCCUCUCGUCUCUUCAGAGUGUAGUGGACUCCUUUGUUAAACACCUUUAGGCGUUUUUCUCUUCCUGUGUUUCCUUCUUUCCUCGAUGUACAAAUCUGUACUUUUGUUUCUUUACUCAGUUGCUUCUUUUUAGCCAUUUUUGCGGUAGUUUGAUGCAGUUUAGAUUUAUCAGGAUUCUUGUCUGCAGACUCUCAAAAGACAAAAAGUUGAAGUGAAUAAUCCGACUGUGAUUUGUUUUUGUUUUUUUGCUUUUGCACUGAAGUUGUGACUCUUGCAAAUGUUUUCGACCCUAAAACUAAGCCCUUAUUGUAUUUUGCUGACAUAUAUUUAGCAAUGGUCUGUUAACAUCGAUGUAUAUCUAAAGGUAAAUGGAGUAAAACGGUGCGUUUCCAUGAAAGCAACAUCUGAUCAUGGAGUAAAUACAUCCUAAAAUACAUCAAACUCAUGCUGGAGUUAAAAAAAGACUGUGAACAAAAACUUGAAGUUACUCCCAACUGUUCAGCCUGUAGUGUAGAUGUGGAGCAAAGCUGCUUUUUUUAACCAAAUAAUUGUGUUUGUAGCAUCUGAGGAGUGCUCAUGUGUAGGAUUGGUUAUUUAAAACGUCUAAUACCCUGUGUCGGUAUUAAACGUGUGUUUAAGUCCAUGUUUCACAACUUUAACUUCAAAGUUAAUAAUAACAAAAGCUAAACUAGAACUGAACACUCUCCAAAACAAGAAAAACAACAAGGCCAAACUAGGAAACAGAAUGAGAAAAUAAACAAAACUCAAAUUGAAAAAAGUCCAAAAGGAGGAGCAGAAAGGCUGAAUAGAAACUUAGUCCAGAGGUGUCAGCCGUGCCAACUAUGUGCUGGAGCAGCCAGAAAGGGUUGGGUCGUGUUCUCGUGUCACUUUGAUCACGCGGUGCUUCUAUAAAUAAUGAUAAUAACACAUUUUAUUUGAAGCGCCGUUCACGUCACUCAAGGACACUUUACCGAACAUAUAAAACAAUAACAGAACACUAUUAACAAUUAAAGUAAUCAAUCAUCAAAACAGUUCAAAUCAACAAAGCAACCAAUUAAAAUUAAAUUAAAAAAGUGAGUUAGGUUUGGUGGGAUGGAUAGGCCAGUUUGAACAGGUGUGUCUUGAGUUUGGACUUGAAGAGGGGGAGGGAGUCGAUGUUGCGGAUGUGUGAUGGUAGAGCGUUCCAGAGUCGGGGGGCAGAGCGACUGAAAGCUCCGCCCCCCCAUGGUGCUGAGGUGAAGGUAAAUCCAUCAACACAAGUCUAAAAACACGGUCCAGUGUUUGUGCAGGUUUUGGUUUUGGUGCACCUUUAAUGGAGGUUUACUCCCCAAAUACUGACCCAUUUACAGAAGUACUUAGCAAUACUUAAGUACAGUACUCGAGUAUAAUUUUGAAGUAUCUGUACUUGACUGGAGUUUUUUUGUGCCGGCAACUUUUACUUUUACUACAUUUCUAAAAUUAACAGUAUACUUUUACUCUACUACAUUUCACAGAAGCAUCUUCGCUACGACUAUUUUUACUUCGUUACCAUGACAGCGGGAAAACACUCUCUUUCCCUUUUACUUAAUGUUGAUUUGCAAUUUACUCGAUCAUCGUCAAUCAGUCACUGACGCCCGAGCCCCCGAGUUACACCCUCCUAAAUGUCCAGCGUCUGUUCUGAUGGUUCUCCUCGGGUCCAACUUCUCUUCUAAGUUCCUUCUUGACUGGAGGAGGAUGUACUAUUGUUCCUCCUUAUGUGUGUGUGUGUGUGUGUGUGUGUGGUCCAUUUAUUUGUCUAAGCUGUUGCUUGCACCCAUCUUAAGUGUGUGCUUGUUUGUGCAUAAGUAACUUUUGCAAAAAAAAAAAAAAAUUGUACUUUAACUUUUUUCUUUUACAAAACCCAAUUCCUUUAAAGUUGAGAAAUUGUGAUCAACGUAAAUAAAAACAGAAUACAAUGAUUUGAAUAAACUACAGAGACAAGAUAUUUAAUGUUCAAACUGAUAAACUUUAUUUAUUUUUUUUGCAAAUAAUCAUUAACUUUAUUUGAUGGCAGCAACACGUGACAAAGAAGUUGGGAAAGGUGGCAAAAAUAUUGAGAAAUUUGAGGAAUGCUCAUCAAACACCUAUUUGGACCGUCCCACAGGUGAGCAGGCUUAUAGGGAACAGGUGGGCGUCAUGAUUGGGUAUAAAAGCAGCUUCGCCAAAAAUUCUCAGUUAUUCACGAGCAAAGAUGGGGCGAGGUUCACCACUUUGUGAACAACUGCGUGAGCAAAUAGUCGAACAGUUUAAGAACAAUGUUUCUCAAAGUACAAUUGCAAGAAUUUAAGGAUUUUAACAUCUAUGGUCCAAAAUAUCAUCAAAAGGUUCAGAGAAUCUGGAGAAAUCACUGCACAUAAGCGGCACGGCAGGAAACCAACAAUGAACGUCCGUGACCUUCGAUCCCUCAGGGGGCGCUGUAUCAAAAACCAACAACCGUGACACAGUGGUAAACAUGCCCCUGUCCCAACUACUCAGGCACGUGUUCCAGCCAUGAACCUGCUUUUAUACCCAAUCAUGACGCCCACCUGUUCCCUAUAAACCUGCUCACCUGUGGGACGGUCCAAAUAGGUGUUUGAUGAGCAUUCCUCAAAUUUCUCAAUAUUUUUGCCACCUGUCCCAACGUCUUUGUCACGUGUUGCUGCCAUCAAAUAAAGUUAAUGAUUAUUUGCAAAAAAAAAAAAUACAGUUUAUGAGUUUAAACAUUAAAUAUCUUGUCUUUGUAGUUAAUUCAAAUCAUUGUAUUCUGUUUUUAUUUACGUUUAUCACAAUUUCCUUGAGUACUCUUGAUACUUCAGUCGAGAGGAUGUGAUAUACUUUAAGACUUUGACUUGAGUUGAAUCCUCAUGGGAGACUUCAGGUAACUUUACUUCAACUUAAGUAUAUUUGUUUAGUACUUCUACAACACUGUGUAGUAGAGAAGUAGAGGAGUCUGUUACCGACAGUGACACAGACGAGUAGAUCGUCGGUAUAGGACAUGGAGUAAUAGUAAAGGAGGACCCUGUAGAAAACGUAAAGGAACCUGCAAACAUACUGUACGUCCAGAUAGAGGUCUGUGUGUAUAAGAGUGUGUAUUAACUCUGCGUUCAUGUUCAUUAAACGUGAUUUAAAGUUUAAUCCUUUCUCUUUGAGGUGGUUUCAGGUCAGUCGUUCAGUCCUAGAUUCUUCGAUCCUAGAUCCUCACGUCACGAGUCAGAAGAAAAAUAAUUAAAUAGUAUUUUGUUUUAAAAAAGGCGGGCGUCAUACAUCAAUCAGUGUGUCUAUUUUCAGUAUGCCGACAUAAAAGUCUUAUUUCCUGUAAGCGGCGCUGGGUUACGAGAAAUUAACCCGCCUGUUUACCCACAUUUUUUUAACUGUGCCACAUGCGGUCAGGGAGUCCUCACGAUCGAUGAAGUCAGCAGAUAGAUUAUUCAUUUAUUUUUAAAAAAGGCUGUAACAGGAACAAACAGGAACAAGAGGUCUUAGAGAAACAACCAGCAGAUACAGCUAACCAGGUCCAAAGUUCUGAUAGAGGAUCAACGAAACAGGUCAAGAAUUUAUAUUUAGAUUUGUUGUUUUGAGGACUUUACUGGGGCAGAACCCGACCACACAAAACCGGUUGGUUCCUUGAACUGGUUCCCCUGGUGGAAACUCCUGACGGCUUGUUUUUACAAUAACACUUCCACACCUUCAAACUCUAAUAAAUCUUCUCCAAACUGGGCCGGUUGUUGUUUUGGGCAACGAUGACUGCACCAUGACAGGGCUGUUUUUUCAAGAGGCCGGUCUAUCGGGGUCAAAGUCAGGGUGUAAGAACUUCACGUGAACACAAAGGCCAAUUAAGACACUCCCAUUCAUCUUAAUUGGUUCAUUCACAGCCAUGACAGACUCACAGUUUCCCGUUAAAGAGGUCUGUUCGACCCCCACUUCAAUUCUUUGUGGAAAGGGUCACUGGACUUUUGUGAAGUUCUUGAAGACGUUUCGUUUCUCUUCUAAAAGGCGUCUUCACUUCAGGUUUGUCGGCAGAGUAGGGUUCAAACAAUGAGUGAAAUGACUGAAAUGGUGCUGUUAACAAGAUACUUCAACUCCUGCCCUUCUCUAAAUCAGACGUGAACCCCCAACCCUCAACAUCUCCAGUGAUGGCUGUUAGAAAACCAGACCUGCCAUCAUCAUCAUCAUCAUCAUCAUCAUCUCUGAACCUGUUUCUCUUGUCUAAUUGGUUAAUUGAUUUAGGGUCCCACUCUUGGUUUGUUCUGGCGUACAUAUUCUCAUUCAUGAAGGCAAAUUUGUUAUAAAGGGUAAAUAUAAUAUAUUUAUGUAAACAAACCAUGUGCAGUUUUAGACACUCAUCUGUAAUUCGAUGUAAUUUGGCACUUCUGCACUCGUCACUUUAACAAGCUGUACUGUAGUAAAUGUCACUUUAAACACCUUUAGCACAUGACACUUUAAUUAGCUCUUUAGCUCUUUAUAAUUCUCUCUUUUGGUCACUUAGUUUCUGGUCUGUGUUCGUUGUUUCUGUAUAUUAUGUGUGUGUUGUCAGUGUUUUACUGUCUCUGUCAUGUUGUUUGUACUUUUAACAUUAUUGCUUUUAUGUUUAAUAUCAACCUGCCGAUGGGACUGGGGAUGGAAAUUAGCCGUUUGGCUAUAAUCCCACAGAUUUACAUGUAAAUGUUCAUCAGUAUGGACUGUUCCCAUUUUUAAAAAUGAAUAAAUAGAAAAUAGAAAAAUGCUGCUUCACACGACGGGAAGAAACGAGCAGCAGAACUAAAAUCAGCCCCGACUGUGAGAACUUUUACGUCCAGGUUAAAAACAUUUAUGGCUGAGCUCUUUAAUAAUCUUAAACUUUAUCUAUUGUUUCUGCUUUUAACUGUGUUUGUUUGUUUUUCUGUAAAGCACAUUGAGUUCCCUUGGAAUGAAAUGUGCUCUAUAAUUAAAGUUGCCUUGCCUUGCAUUCAGACAAAGACUCACGACCCACCCUGAGUGUCAUGUGUUUUCAGAUCUAACCCUCAAACUCCGAUGUCCUAUUUUAGAUUUGUUCUCUUGCCGUGACAGUAGAUGGGCUGUGCAACCAGGAACUGAGGGAACAAAAUCUUUGCCAAACACGUUAUUUUUCUCCUUGCCUCGCCAAGAGUUUACUGGCAGUCCUUUAACAUGAAUAAUUCCUUUCAGUAAUUAAUUAAAUUGUUUGAAAUCCCUAAAACCAGUUCUGCAGCUGGUCUUAUACAUACACUUCAUACCUGUCAGCCUGCAGCAGCAGCAUCUGAGGCCAGGCUGCAGGUAUAAAAGGUGUUCAGAUGGAUGUGAGCUGCAGAGGAUCUGAAGCAGAGAGGACUCUGAGCAUCAUGGCCUUCACACUGGUUUUCCUGCUGCAGCUGCUGCUGGUCUCACUGGUGUCUGCAUCACAUCACAUGGGAGGAAAAUCAACCUUCGUCUUCAGAGGAAGAAAUCCUGACGGGACAUUUAAGGUGAGUCAAAAAAACACUUUCAGUGAUUUACAACUUAAAUGAAUGAAAAUGUGAAGAUAGUUUAGUGAAUAAGUAAAGAAAAGAAAGGUUUUAUUUUGAACCCAGUAUCUGAUGACUGCUGACACAGGUGUCUCAUGUUAACAAUAUACUUACUUUACGUUUUAACUUUGCAGAAUAAAACGGUCUGGCCCAAAAUCUACAGUAAAUUAUAAUCCACUAUAAAAAAACAAUGAUCCACAUUCAGCAGCUCCAGAAGAAUUCUGUUUUCUACAUUUUUUAAUACGACUCGUCCACUGACAGAUUUUUGUUUGUUUUUUUUGUGACAUUUUUUUGACUUGACUUUUUUUCCACAGGUGGACUUUUACAACAAGGACACCUAUGACAGGUGUUUUUACUCACACUACUGGAGCUGUGUUGGGUCCAGCUGUGGCCCUACGCAGCCCAACUCCUUCGCACAGGGAGUGAUCAUCGACAACAGCACCAACGCUCCGUCCAAUGAAAGACUCUGGUGUGAAACUGAAUCCGUCCAAACAAGACAUCUUACCAGCGACAGACCCGUGCAAAUGAGGUGAGCUGAACCACGGAUCUGUGCGGCUUCUGUCCGCACUUAGUCCUGAGGCAGAGUCACCUUUUCUUUCCUUUCUUUCUUUCUUUUUCUUUUCUUUCUUUCUUUCUUUCUUUUUCUUUCUUUUUCUUUUUCUUUCUUUUUCUUUUCUUUCUUUCUUUUUCUUUUCUUUCUUUCUGUCUUUCUUUUUCUUUCUUUUCUUUCUUUCUUUCUUUCUUUUCUAUUCUUUCUUUCUUUCUUUUCUUUUCUUUCUGUCUUUCUUUCUUUCUUUCUUUCUUUCUCUUUCUUUCUUUCUUUCUUUCUUUCUUUCUUUCUUUCUUUCUUUCUUUCUUUCUUUCUUUUCUUUCUUUCUUUCUUUCUUUCUUUCUUUCUUUUUCUUUUCUUUCUUUCUUUCUUUCUUUCUGUCUUUCUUUCUUUCUUUUUCUUUUCUUUCAUUCUUUCUUUCUUUUCUUUCUUUCUUUUUCUUUUCUUUCUUUCUUUCUUUUUCUUUUCUUUUCUUUCUGUCUUUCUUUCUUCCUUUUUCUUUUCUUUUCUUUUCUUUCUUUCAUUCUUUCUUUCUUUUCUUUCUUUCUUUUUCUUUUCUUUUCUUUUCUUCUCUUCCUUCCUUCCUUCCUUCCUUCCUUCCUUCCUUCCAUCCUUCCUUCCUUCCAUCCUUCCUUCCUUCCUUCCUUCCUUCCUUCCAGCCAAGCCUCACUUUGACACUAUCAUAUGAUGACUUAUCGAUUAUUAUGAUAAAGUCUGGGGUGGAUACAGUCCUCCAUUUUCACAAACUGUGUCCAGUUUGAGAUUUUUUUUUUGCCUUAUAUUUUAAUAUAUAUACAUAUUUUUUUUGUCUGUUCACAAACCAGGGCAGCCAGCUGUUGUUGGAUCGAAACACGUAACAACGUCCAAAACUGGAGGCUUCUGACUGCUUUGGAUUUGGGAAAGAGAUCUGACUCCAAUAAACCGAACAGACCCCCGAGCUUCGGCAUGUUACCUUUACUGCGGUGAGUCUCUGACCUUGAAACCGGUAAAUUUUCACGAGUUCAGCCGAGUUUUAUAACAACAGUUCAGCAGGGCUGCAUAUAAAGCUCGACUAACUGGACUUCUGUUCUCCCAGACUACAACCGACAUGUGAGAGUAAACUUAAUCAUCAAAAGGUGGUGAUAUGACCCCUCCAAACUUUUGAUCGCUGGGUCAUCUACCUGUUGACCUACAGACCUUUUAGGGACAACGUCACAAUGACAUCUUAUUAGUAUCUGAGGGCAAAAAGGAGUAAAGAUGGAGGCAACCACUAGAGGGUAGCAGGUGACCAACAGGAGUUGUAAAAUCUUGUUAAUAAUGAUUGAAUGUCUCAAAAACUAAACUUGGACUGUAACCCAGCCUGUCAACAAAAACAAACACAACUUUGACUAAAAGUGAUGGGAAUCCCAUCACCUUUAGUCCCAUCAUGGGAUUAAAGAGGAUCAGCAACAUUACCCGUGAGUGUAGUUUACAUUCUUAGAGAUUGAUUGAUUGGUGUAUUUUAAAGGUCCAGUUUCAGUUGUACUACUGCAAUAAAUCAGUUUUUGAACAACAUGUGAACGCACUGAAUAGUCAACCUCUUCAACCACUAGUUGGUGCUGCGUGCAACAGUCAAAUAGCCACUUCUCCAGAUUAAUAAGAGCUAUUUUCAUCCUAAUUCCUCUUUUCCAGCAGGAUUGACUUGACCAUCAUCUCUCCUCUCAUGACUUUUUGUUUAUUCUUGCAUCGGUUCUCAGUGACGUUCAGUUAUGUAGGCCGUUUUUACCUGCUUUGUUUUCUUUCUUCUCCGCCCUGCCAACGGCCCUUUCCUCACUUGUGUUCAUGUGUCGCCUCCAGAGUUCCUAAGAACUGUCCGCGGACCUACAAGCUGGUUACCCACGACCCUGACGGUGACCAAGUUCGAUGCAGAUAUGGAAACCUCAGGAAUGUAGAGUGUUCCAGUUGUGACAGACCUUCAGGCUUCUCCUUAAACCAGGUUAGCUUGACAGAUAAUUACAGAAUACACUGUGGAAAACUGUGAUCUGUACUCAGCAUUAACCUCAACAUUCACCUUGUCAGGACACCUGCACAUUAGAAUACAGAACAGGAAGGAACGACUACAGAAGUUAUGGCUUUGAGAUGGUGGUGGAGGACUUCCCCAUGAGUCGCAUCGCUCUGACCUACUCAGACGGGUCCAGGUCCAUCAGAUUCCCACUUCCAAAGAGGUGGAAGAGGAGUUAUUAUACCUACCCUUACUGGUACUAUAGUACAUAUCCGUAUACAACUACAACUACAUACCCAUGGCCAACAACAACUUAUGACCCAUGGACAACAACAACAACAACUCCAGCACCAACCACAACAACAACAACAACAACUCCAUAUCCAACUACAACAACUGUAACACCAACUACAACAACAACAACUCCAUAUCCAACUACAACAACUGCAGCACCAACUACAACAACAACAACUCCAUAUCCAACAACAACAACUGCAGCACCAACUACAACAACAACAACUGCAGCACCAACUACAACAACAACAACUCCAUAUCCAACAACAACAACUGCAGCACCAACUACAACAACUACAACUCCAGCACCAACUACAACUACAACAACUGUAACACCAACUACAACAACAACAACUGUAACACCAACUACAACAACAACAACUGCAGCACCAACUACAACUACAACAACAACAACUGCAGCACCAACUACAACAACAACAACAACAACUGCAGCACCAACUACAACAACUACAACUCCAGCACCAACUACAACAACAACAACUCCAGCACCAACUACAACAACAACAACUGCAGCACCAACUACAACAACAACAACUCCAGCACCAACUACAACAACAACAACUCCAGCACCAACCACAACAACAACAACAACAACUCCAUAUCCAACAACAACAACUGUAACACCAACUACAACAACAACAACUGCAGCACCAACUACAACAACUACAACUGCAGCACCAACUACAACAACAACAACAACAACUGCAGCACCAACUACAACAACUACAACUCCAGCACCAACUACAACAACAACAACAACAACUACAUACCCAUGGACAACAACAACUUAUGACCCAUGGACAACAACAACUACAACUCCAGCACCAACUACAACAACUACAGACCCAUGGACAACUCCAGAUCCAUGGACAACUCCAGAUCCAUGGACAACUCCAGACCCAUGGACAACUCCAGACCCAUGGACAACUCCAGACCCAUGGACAACAUGGACAACAACAACUUCAGCACCUACAACAACUACAACAACUACAUAUCCACCUACAACAACUACAACAACUACAUAUCCACCUACAACAACUACAACAACUACAUAUCCACCUACGACUACAUAUCUAUAUACAAGAUUCUUCCCUAGACCACCACUCCUAUCCUCGACUUCACCUCUCAGUGAACUUCCUCUGCACUUUUCCUUCCUGGGUAAGUCAGGCUUCGUUUCUCUCCAUUUUUGACCGCCUGUUUUUUUAACCUAAAGUGUCACUUUAGGUCUUAUUACACUGAUGGAAUUAACCCUUACUGCUGAAACCACUCUCUUUAUUUUAGGGUGUCCAUUUCUCACAAACUCCAGGCUCGUUGUGUGGAGUCUCAGUGCCUUUUGAAAGUCUUUGUAGGUCUGACAUGAGUGAGAUAUAGUACAUAUACAUAGUUCUGUCCCUGUUUGGCAGCAGUUUCUCCACCAAGGGUCCGAGCUGAGUAGGAUUUGGACAAAAACACAAUUCCUCCACACUCCAAAAAUACUAACAAAGUCCUUCUCUUUUCUCUCUUUUCAGUGGACAGAGCUGCUCCUUCGUGUAUUCCGGGGCAAUACCUGCCAGAGCUUGUGAAGCCGACGCCUGACCAUGGAGACCACGUUUAUAUAGGGGUCGGCAAGGAAGUGAAGAUCAAAGUUAAAGCACAGUCAAGAUAUUCAAGGUAAGUGAACAGCCGUCUCAUCAGUGUGGCAGCAAACACGCUCAUACUUUAAUCAGAAAUCAACGUGGGAAUAUUUGGGUUCUUUGUUUUCAUGCAGGAUUGAUAACAUCAUCUUCAGUGGACCACAAGGAACCACAAAGCGCAGGACCAGCCCAUCUGAGUUUGUCCUCACAUGGACACCGACUCCCAGUGACCGGGGGCAGAGUUUCGUACUCUGCUUUGCUGUAGAAGCAAAGACAGGGUGAGUCUUUGGUUAACUUUCUUCUGGUUAGACAUGAUGCGGAGGUAAAAUCAGAAGAAUUCAAGGGAGAGAAAAAACAAGAACGACUUUCAGCAGGAGAAGUUUUAGAUGUGUUUCUGUCCGUACAAAUUGUUAGUGGGUGUUAGUUGAACACGCUUCUCUGGUCCGAGUUCGAUCAGUCGGUCUUCCUGUCGGCGUGAAGAGCAGUAGCCUACAGUAUAUCUACAGUAUAUAGUAUACUGUAGAUAUUUACAGUUUAUAUAUUUUUUAUAACUUCAUAAAAAAUGUUAAAAAUCGUCCGAUUAAUCAGUAAUCAGAUUUUUUCCCCCCUAAUAAUCGGUAUCAGCAUCGGCCCCAAAAAUCCAUAUUGGUCUGGCCCUAGUUCAGAGUCCGACACAUUAUCCUCCUUCAGUUCUGCCCAACAUCUGAAGUCAGUCGUUUCCACAUCUGUUAUCUUGUUUUGUUCUUGUUUUAUUUCUGCAUGUAUGGAGAUGUGAGCAGGAUGUGCUGCACCAGAAAACUAAUUCCACCGACCCUGUUGUUAAUAAAUGAUUUUGAUCCUGAUUCUCUGCUGCUUUUCAGGUCUAAUGUCUAUCAGUCUGACAUGAGGUGUGUUAUUCUGGACCAAGGUGAGUCAUUAAUCCAUUUUUAAAUGUUCAUAUUUCAGUGAUUCCUUCUUUCUGCCGUCAUUUCUUCAGCACUACUUUAGAUUUAGGAACUUUUUAUUAUAUUGAAAAUUUAAAACCAAGUGUCAGUUUUGAGCAAAUAAAGGCAAAAUAAUAUCAACCUGUAGAGGAUAUUUUUGACAGAGAGCAUGUGUGUUUUUAGGAGGUUUUAACUUCUUCUCUUUAGCUGCCACUCUCACACAGAGGAACUCACUCCGUCUGUGGAAUAGUCCAAAUGUUACAUUAAAAUGGUCAAAUUGAGAAAAAAAAUCAAGAUACAUGAAAAUAUUUACGAGUGAAAGCGUGAUUUUUAUGGCGUUCAGGUGUGAGAUCAUUAACAAUUGUUUAUUAUCUCUUUCUUUAGUGGAAGUCAAUGUGAUCUGCAAAGAGUCCAGCAUCAGAGUGGAAGUGGAAAAACUGUCAUUCCCUCGACUCCAUCAGGAUCAUUUGCGGCUCAGUGACCCCUCCAACGUCGCCUGCAGCCUGCAGACUCACUCCAACCGCACCCACGUCAUCGCCGUCUUCCCUCUGAACGCCUGCGGCACCCAGAUCGAGGUAUCGCAGAGUCAUUCGCAGCUGAAGUGAGUUGUUAUGUUGCUUUUACUUUGCAGUUUGAGGCCUGAAUGUGCGACCUUUGACCCUGCAGGAAGACGACGACUACCUGAGGUUCAAGAAUGAAAUCACCACGUUUGAUGACAAGAGAGACGUGAUCACCAGGAAACACCUGCUGGAGAUUCAGUUCUUCUGUCAGUACCCCAAACGAGGGAACGUCACUCACAGCUUCCUGGCUCACAGAACCAGCACGACGGUGUGGGAGAAAGGCUUCGGCACCUUCACGUACCAGUGCGAGUUUUAUCCCAACAUGCAUUUCCAGAACAUGAUCGAUCCCAACUCCUACCCUCUGACGUACGACCUGGGGGACCGCAUCUUCAUGCAGAUCGAGGCCACGUCUUCAGUCAAAGACACCGUGCUGUUUGUGGAGUCCUGCAGAGCUGCACCGUAUGACAACCCCAACUACAAACCAGUCUACUCCAUCAUCGAGAACGGGUGAGUGGGAUUUAUGCCCCCUACUGGAAACACAUGGAACAGCAAAAUACGAUUCUAGAGCCGGUCAGUGAUCUUAAAAACAAGAGUGAGGCCUCGUUAAAAAUCAAAGUAAAAAAUAAAAAUAUAUCAAGAAUAAGGUCAGUGUUUAAAUUAGAAUAAAGUCAUCAGACCAAGAGUUUCACAUGUACGGUAACACUUUAUAAUGACCGUAACGUAAAAAUGGUAAAUAGGCCAUUUAUAAAAGGUUAGCAUAUAGUUUAUUAAUGUUUAAUCAUCAUUUAUAAAUUGCAUAUAGACCAUUAAUAAAUUUGACAAUUUUGAAAACCUAACCCUAACUUUACAAUAACCAUCAAAGUAAUAAUAAUAGGAACAGAAAUGAGCAAAAGAUAAAACAAUAAAAAGCCUAAAAGGUUAAAAAGAAAAGAGUACAAGUUUAACAAAAGCUAAAAAGAAAAGCUGAAAUAAGAUAAAAGAAGUAAAAGAGAUAAAAGAUAAAAAAUAAAAUACAAGACAGCAAUGGUAACAUUUAUAGAUGGUUUAAAAAACAAAUAUCAACCAUUUAAAAAGUGUUACUGACACACAUUUUAAUCUAGAAUUCUUACAACCAGUAUUUAAACCCUAUAUAAACCUUUGAUAAAUAGUACAUUAAUAAUUCAUGACAAUUACUCAUCAUAGUUUUAUUGCUUGAGAAUAGUAAAGUAACUAUUAACUUACAUUAAUAAACUAUCUAUUCAGCAUUUAUGAAUAUUGGUUAUUGUAAAGUGUUACCAAAAGUAUAUUUCUAAAAUAGUAUAAAAUCAUAAUUUUUGUGAGACACGUAACUCUCAAGUUUGCAAGAAUAAAAGUACUUAAAAAAAAUGUUUUAAAUAUCAAGAACGACGUCGUAACUUCAAAGAAUAAAGUGAUAAUUUUUAAAAGUCAAAAGUCGACUAAAAAAAUUUAAUAAAUCUGUAAAAAAAAAAGUUCUAAUUUACUAAAAUAAAGUCAUUACAGUCUGGAGUUUAUACAUAAUUAAGCUGCAGAUGUCGAGAGUUCCUUAUUUUCAGGGUGUUUGUUUCAGGAAGAAAGACUGUGAAUGUAUUUAGGGUUUAAAUGUAUGAGAUUAUAUUUAAUAUUGUGAAUAUUGACACUUUUUAAGAGCAGAGUCAUAAAAUACUAAGAGAUGGUUGGAGAAAAAUGACAAAAAUAUCCAGAUAAAAAAUGUGAAUGUAUAACUUUUCCUUAACUUAGCGCUCCUCGUCCUGGUUGUAGAACUCUCCUAUAUUUUAUCUCAAAUCUGAGAAUCGUCUGUAUCGCGGCUUUUUCAUGAGUUGUCCUGAUAUUUGACUUUGUCUGAAACUGUUGGCUCUCAGUCUCAGAAGUGUUUUUAUCGUUCGGCCACCGUCUAAACCUUCAGUUCAGUAAUACUUCAGCCGCGUUCAUGGCUUCUGUUUUGAGCUGCAGGAUCAGACAGGUCUACAUAAAUACCUUCUCCUCUCUCUCUUUAGCUGCACAGUGGACUCGACAGUUAAAAUCCACCCUGCUGACCAUGACCAACAGUUCAGGUUCAGCAUCGAGGCUUUCAAGUUCAUCGGUAUGCACGACCAGGUGGGUGAAAUGUGGUUAAAUCGUCGUUAACACACAGUGAAUCUUUUUUAUCUCACUGGUUUCAUUGAAGACAUGAGGGAUAAUGAGCUUUAACAGCAUGAUCUGUUGUCCUCAGGUGUACAUUACCUGCUCAGUCCUGAUGUGUCGGGCAGGAGCCUCCAACACCAGGUGUGCACAGGGCUGCAUCAAGUCUGUACAUCAAAGGCGAAAGAGGGAAGCUGGGGCCCAGACCUCGGCUCACCUUGUUUCCCAGGGUCCUUUGCGUCUGAGGAAGUCAGCAGAGAGCCCAGGUAAGAAAACUCUGUCUGAACAGCACACUCGCUUUGUUUGAGACCAGGUUAGACUCUGGACCAGGUCUAACCCAGUCUGUCUGUCUCUGCUCUGCAGCCGUGAACCUGAACCUGAACCUGGUUUUCAUCACCGGAUGUCUCCUCGCAGCCGUGGGCAUGAUCAGCGGAGUGGUUCUGUACAAAUCCAAAACCUCCAGAGUCAAAUACCAGCCGCUCGCCACCUUUGAAAACUAGGAUGGCAGCGUGAAAUCUUUUAUAUCUUGAAUAUUUCCAGAUAUUGGGAUUGUAUCUGUUCAGGGUUAUUGGGCAUCAUGUACUCGGUUGUUUCACCAUUUAAAUGAAGGAUUUUUUUCUUUUUUUGAUGUUUUCAGAGUUGUAAAUAAAAAAAGUGAAGGGAGGAUUGUACCUGUGCAAACAGAAAAGUCGAUAAAAUUUUGACAUAAGGAAGUAAAAACGGAAGAAAAAUGACCAUUUAGCACUGCAGCUGCUGGGUGAUCAUUUUUGUGUGUUUUUAGUUAUUGUUGUUGGAUAUUUUGAGCUUCAUUUGUAACUUUAACUAUUCAGAAUUAGUCCAAAUAACUCCAUGAAACUGUCGUCCAUGUAGGCGGAGUUUAAUUAGUCAGUACAAUAAAAUCCAGUGAAAUACAAACAAAGUCAUGCAAUCAAAUACAACUAGAAUAUAAUAUGAUCUGAGGCAUUAUGACUAAUCCACAUACAGUCAAGAUUCAUACCUGUUAUGGCGCUACAACACAGGUGAAGUUUUGUCCUGCAGAAAAAGUUUCUUCCUGUUGACUUUCGGCUGUUGUGACUAUCUUACUGACACCUUCCACUUGGUCCAAGUUUUCUGCAUAUUACAAUAUAAAAAUCCUCCCUCAUAAAAAACUGCUUUCAUGUGAUUAUAUCAUGACUUUGAGAAAGUAAUCUGAUGUAUCUGUGAUACAGAUUCUCUGUUUGCCGAUGUAAAUGUUAUUCCACU